UAUAUCUUGUAAAAUCUUUGCGACGAUGGUGACGAUGUACAAAUUACAAUAUCUUCUCAUUAUUGGAAUCUGUUUACAAUUGAGGUUCUCUUAUGGACGGAGGUUUCCUUAUGAAUUGCCAUAUAACGAAGUUAAAAUAGUUACGCAUGGUGAGCCAUGUUAUCCAUCAAAUUAUCUGCCUGUUACAAUCGAGGAACCUGUUCUGAAGCCUGUAAGUGAGGAUUAUACUUUGCCUGCAACCACUCAACCUUGUACCUAUCAACCACUCAAAUUAAACUAUCAAGUUAUCGCCGAUAAACCUCCUAUACCCUAUCAAUCGCAAGCAAACUAUCCAGUUUCUAUACAAAUACCUGAAGUACCUGAAGUACAUGAAGUACCCGUUGAAUCCUCAGAGAUAGUCAAAUUGGAUCCUUAUCGAGGAAAAUCCUACACGUAUAAUACCCAAAGUUUACCAUCUCCGUCCGUGCCAAUCUCAACAAGUUACAAUUUUGAUCUUUAUGUGCCACCUUCACCAUCUUCAACUUCAGAUGCCAGUGAGAUACCAACACAAUCACAGUCCGUUAAACUUUUAACAGGUCUUACCAGCAGAAUUGAUAGAGUUCUAAUUCCCGCCUGUGAAUCACCUACGAAGUGCGCCUGUCAAGUGAGCUAACAAAAC